UGAGCACGUCGGUUGUCUCUCGACGCUCUCCAGCCUCUCGGAACUUUCCCAAUAACCGCUCCUGAGCCCUUUUCGCCGGCAAUAUGUUUUUUUUUGACGUGCCACCCAAAUGAAUAGCCAUAGGAGGCGAUACGGUGAAAAUAUGAUACCUGCUUGAGCUGUGAAGCAUCUCUGAGAUGCUCAAGUGAACGUCAAAGAAGUUCUCAUUUAGUGGAAAAGAGGUUAAAAGCUUUUUUGAUCAGAAUUGAACGGAACUGUCGUUGUUUUGUGUGUUUUCUCAGUGGAUCAGAAAGGGUUGAUCCAUCAUGCAUUAUACUUCAAGUGUACGACGACAACUGGAGGAGACACGAUGUGAAGCCCAAAUCCAUGCACUUCCAUAUAAAAUGUGAAAAUUCGAUAAUUGUUUUCCUACCACUGGAAUAUACGCCAUUGGAAAUGUGUUGGAUGUUUUUAGGGAAGCACUGACAAUAUAGACCCUACAGGCUUUUUUUUCUGAGAAAAGGCAUAAAGAGGGAACACAUUUAAUUUAAACUGAAAAAUAUUACUCGGACUCAUAAGAUUAUUUAUAGAAGUCCUUCUCGUGGAUCUACAAUGCGCCUAAUGUAACAGAGGUAAAAUGAAAUGUUCCCAACUGAUCUCCUAAAUGGAAUUAAAACUCUGUAAUAACGUUAGAGAUUUUUGGGGUUGCGAAUUUCCAAAUGGUAUUCCGACUUUUUUACCAACUGGAGCACAGAAAGAAAACACCCUUUGCUCGCUCUGUCGAAAUGUGGAUCUUCCAGCCCGCUCGAGCCCAGCGCACACUCAGAGUUGCCAAGGCUACAGAGCUCCUCUUGAGCCAGCGAAACCGAAUUUCUAUUCCUAAGUUAUUUGGGCAAUUCCACCGCAAAACAUCGGUUGUGUAGCUUACCAGCUAAAUAUUUAUCAUACGUCUUGAUUUAACCGGAAUAAUGCGUCUGGAAACAUUUAGACGUUUUUUGACUCGUGGAUAUUGAUUUUUCCUCUCAGGUCUUUUUGAGAAGCGAGUCGCCAGACGCUGCUAUUGUUCAGUGAGCCUGGACACACCUUUUUGAUGUCAGCCAAGACCUCUGCUAAGUUGCCAUGACGAGUGAGGAGUGUCCCGUUCCGCUAGGGGGCGUGCCCCCGGUGGGGGCGGGGCUCUGCGAGGACUACGGCCCCGUGCAGGCUGAUGAUGUCAUCGAGGAGGCGGGGGGGGCAGGCGAUGACGUCAGCAUCGGCAGUGACCUCAGCACGCUGGUGGUGCCGUUCCCUGAGCUUGCGCCCGUGGUGUUCUUCUGUCUCAAGCAGACCACGUGUCCCCGCAGCUGGUGCAUACGCAUGGUGUCCAGCCCAUAUCCUUUACUACUGCUGAGAUUACCCCUGACCUCUGAUCCCUGA